CUUUGUGUAAAAUUAUGCUUAAUAAAAAUUACAUUUUCUUUUAUUAAAUUUCUGCUAGUAGGAAUGUAUAUGUAAUAUGCGAACAUUUAACCUGACUAUUUGGUGUACCUUUAAGACGAAUUUGUUUUUGUGUAGUGGCAAUAUGGCCACGCCCCUUGUCAGACGUCACAUCUAAACAUGGCGGCGUACUUGAGUCGGAUACACCACAUUUCCCUUCACGUUUCUAACGCGGAGAAACUAGCCAAUGACCUUGUCUCCAAAUUCAAAUUCUGUCUGUUUGCAACUAGACAAACAGAUAGGUCACGGCAGCUGGCCUUCAGGAAAGCAGCUGCAGUUUUUCUCGUGAACGAGAGACGACAGGACAGUGUGAAUUUGGAUGAAGAGGUGCCUGGCAACACAAGUUUUCCAGACCAACACCUGGUGCAGGUGGGAAAAUGCAGUACAGGGAAAUACCUGUACGAUGUCUGCUCUCAUUACCCGGUGGACACUGUCAGCAACGUGUGUUUCGAGGUGGAGGAUGUGGAAAAGUCGUUCAAGGAUCUGCGACAUAUUGGAUGCGACUUCCUUGUACCACCCACGAUAGUGGAGGACGAGGGUGGUGUCGUCACAUAUUCUGUGGUUAAGUCAAUUGUAGGGAAUGUCUGCCAUACGCUGAUUGACAGAUCUAAAUAUGAAGGGUCAUUUCUGCCUGGUUUUGAAGUCCUUGAAAAUGACAGUAUCCUGGAGGAUAAGGACAGGACCUGUUCAAUCUCACAUUUUGACCACAUCACAUAUGCCUGUCCCAGGAAAACCACCCAACAGGUCAUGAGGUGGUAUGAACAGCUGUUUGGUUUCCGCAGGUUUUUUAUUGACAGUAAGGAGGAUGUGGAUGAAGGUUAUGUAAUAAACCAGGACGGAAUUGGGCUGCGUCUUACUGCCAUGGAGUACUGGAAAUGCAGUGAAUUGGGCAUUAUCCUUCCCUUUGUGGACAAAAAAGAGCCUGACUGCAAGUUUGUUAUCGCAGAAUCACUGCCUAAACAAGGGAGAAACCAGGUUGACACGUUCCUGGAACAACACGGAUCUCCAGGAAUCCAACACAUUGGUCUCUAUACUAAAAACAUUCUCUGUACUGCACAAGCCAUGUCUGAAGCUGGUGUGCAGUUCUUCUCCCCUCCUCCUACGUACUACACUGAGGUGGGAAAACAGCAAGAAAUAGAGGAGGCUGGACACAACCCCCAGAUGUUGGCACAGCAUGGCAUUCUCCUGGAUACGACUCUACCGCUAGAUUCUUCACUGCAAAAAACGACCUGUGAUGAUAUACAAUAUCUUCUACAGGUGUUUACCAAGCCCAUCUUCAGUGAAGACACCUUCUUCCUGGAGUUGAUAGAGCGAAGAGGGGCGACCGGUUUUGGCGAGGGAAACAUCAGAGCGCUGUGGCUGUCAGUUCAGGCCUACAUGGAGAAGAACAAAAAGCAUUCUCACACUGCUCAGGUUUAGUCAGAUUGUUGUUGUUUUUUGUGUGUGCGUGUGCUUUUACGCUGCUUUGAACCUGUUGCACUGCAUAAAAAACAAUUAUUUAAUGUAAUAAUAUCCAUCAUGGACAUGACUGAACACAUGCAUGUUUUGGGUGAUUUU